AUGAUCCGACAGCGCCGUGUUCACCGUCACAUCGUGCUCGAAAAUGACGAUCAAUUCUGUCGCUGGCUGUGUUCACCAAACUCGCUAGGCUUUGACCUCGGCGCUGCAAGCGAUGGUGAAUCGACUGAUGGACAAAUUGAUCAUACAAACUACUUGCAGAGCUUUGUCAAGAAGUUAGUACGUGACGCGCAGAUCUACCUUGACUUUGUCUUGCAAACUGUGCUGUCCAACGAGCUUUUCCAGGUGCUCAAUUUUACUCCAAAGAAGUAUUGCUCGAGUUUGUUCUUUUCGGAUGCGGAAAACUACGGCUGCAUUUUGCUGAAGAACGUGGUGCUAGAGGAGGAACAAGAGAAGGAAAGUGAACACGAUGUGGAAGGCAGUGACAAGAAGAAGCCUUUGGAAAUUGUGUCUCAUUGGAACAUUGCGAAUUAUUUGCCCCGCGGAGUUGACGAAUAUUUUCUUAUCUUAGUAGGUCAAUUCAUCCGUCGGCGAGCAGAAUUUCAGUACCACAAGCAGCCUCUAGAUGAGGACCAGAAACAAUUGUCUCCACUUGCCAAAUUCUCACAACGACUUGUGUCAUCGUAUUUCUCGGAGAAGAUGCUGCAAUUGGUUCCAGAAAUAUUAACAUACAACAUGGACCGAGACAGCUUUCCCGUGUUUUCUGGGUCGCAUCUCGUCGUGAAGUCACCCGCGUUGGAGCUCAUGAAGUUUGUGACUUCAGUGUUUGUGCUGUAG